ACCGCACGGGGGCGGCGGUGAACUGCUGAGCGGAUCCGUCCACACAGCGACAUCAGCGGGGACGGAAGUAGUGUCGGGUUAGGUGGCUAGCAGCUGCUCGCCUAGCCUUAACAAUAGCUUCUGGAUAUUCUCAUUAAGCGUCUUUGUAGCUUCGUGUCGUGUAGAAACGUUCACGAUAAUAUUACGAGAGCAAAUCUCACAAAAAAAACGCGAGGCUCUGGGUAAAGUUACCGUGACAAACAGGUUAGAAAUGAUCGCGUUAGCCUUUAGCUAAGAGCGUAUUCGCUGUUACAGUCACCGCGUUACUGCCUGUGAGCCUGUGAAUGAAUGAAACAGGGUUUUGACAGGUUGUAAGACGACUUAACUAUCAACAUAUUGAACCAUGACUACCGGUGCAGACGUCAGGGAUAUUUUGGAGUUGACCGGAGGAGAAAAUGACGGUCCCAUCAGCAAGAAGGAUCUCAUUAACUCAGACAAGAAAAAAAGCAAGAAGACAACAGAGACUCUGACCUUCAAGAGACCGGAGGGGAUGCACCGAGAGGUCUAUGCUCUGCUAUAUUCAGAUAAGAAAGAUGCACCCCCUUUGCUGCCCAGUGAUACUACUCAGGGCUAUAGGACAGUGAAAGCCAAGCUGGGCUGUAAAAAGGUGCGUCCCUGGAAGUGGAUGCCCUUUACCAACCCAGCACGCAGGGAUGGGGCUAUAUUCCACCACUGGAGACGUGUGGCGGAGGAGGGCAAGGACUACCCUUUUGCCCGCUUUAACAAGACCGUGCAAGUGCCAGUGUACUCGGAGCAGGAGUAUCAGAUGCAUCUGCAUGACGAUGGCUGGACUAAAGCAGAGACGGACCAUCUCUUUGACCUGUGCAAGCGCUUUGACCUGCGCUUCAUAGUUGUCCACGAUCGCUAUGACCACCAACAAUACAGAAAACGAUCUGUGGAGGACCUGAAAGAACGGUAUUAUAAUAUUUGUGGUAAGCUAACAAAGGUCCGCGCAGCCUCAGGGACAGAGCCCAAGAUCUACAUCUUUGAUGCCGGUCAUGAAAGGCGCCGUAAAGAGCAACUGGAGAAGCUCUUCAAUCGCACACCUGAACAAGUGGCAGAAGAGGAAUACCUUAUACAAGAGCUCAGAAAGAUUGAGACAAGGAAGAAAGAGCGCGAGAAGAAGGCUCAGGAUCUGCAGAAACUCAUUAAGGCAGCCGACACAACGACAGAGCUGAGACGAGCCGAGAAGAGGGUUUCAAAGAAGAAGCUCCCACAAAAAAGAGAAACAGAAAAACCGGCUGUUCCAGAGACGGCAGGCAUCAAGUUCCCUGACUGCAAAUCAGCAGGAGUCACACUGCGCAGUCAUAGGAUGAAACUGCCAAGCUCAGUAGGCCAGAAGAAGAUCAAGGCUAUUGAGCAGAUCCUGAUGGAGCAAGGAGUGGAUCUUAACCCCAUGCCCACAGAGGAGAUCGUCCAGAUGUUCAACGAGCUACGUAGCGACUUGGUGCUACUGUAUGAGCUGAAGCAGGCUCACAGCAACUGUGAGUACGAACAACAGAUGUUGCGUCAUCGCUACGAAGCCCUGCUGAAGGCCGGCAGCGGAGGCGGGUGUGGUGGAAUUGCAGCAGCAGGACUAGCCACCACAACACAGAGCGGGGAACUCAAUUCCGCAAACAGCACCACAGCAUCCACCCCUGGGGGCGACACUCAAUCCUGGCCCAGUGCCGACGACAUCAAGGUGGAAGCCAAGGAGCAGAUUAUUGAUGUUGUAGGAGCACCACUUACCCCCAACUCACGCAAACGGAGAGAAUCAGCAUCCAGUUCGUCUUCAGUGAAAAAAAUAAAGAAGCCUUGAUGAGGACGAGAGCGCCAGCUAGUAACACGGUGGAGGACAAGAGGUCCUCACAGUGCAGACGCCCGCAAGUUUUAUGGUUGGACAAAAGGGACACCAUAUUGCUGUCUAUUAACGUAGAAAGCACCAUGGACUAAAUAUACACACACACACACACACAACUUUUCACCUACCAACAAGACCUCUCCAUCCCCUCCCCAUCUUUGCCUGCCCAGCACCUUUUGUGACAAAGGCAACAACUGAGUGACAUUUCAUUCCAUUACUGUUUGACUCACCUGCCUCCACCAUUGCUCAGCCUUAGAUGAGGCAAGAUCAACUGUAAAUUGCCAGGCUGGAGCUAAUCGGGACAGGGUGAAGGAGGUGGGAACGACUGAGUAAUUGGAAUGAAUUGGAAUGAAAGAAGAAACUCUGGGAGUGGGAGGACCUAGAGCUCCAAUGCUCAUUUGACCCAUUUGAGGUUUUUUUUUUUUUUUGUAGUCUAAUCAUGCCAUAGAGUUUACUGGAAAUGUGUUUUUGUGUUAGCCUUUAGUACCCGCUGUAGCUCCCUCUCAACCCAGAGUGCGUCUCACUCUCUCAUAGACGGUGGCUCCAUCUGCUGCCCGUGCUUGUUGGACUGGGGGGGGGGGCUGAUUUGUUGUUGUUUGUCCUCAGGUGACCUUGAAGAUGCUUUAGUCAACGAUUCAAUAAACCUCAUUGUUUUUUUUUCUUUCU